AUGCGCGUUGAACGACACGGCGCUUGUUUCAAAUGUCUCCUUCGGUUCAGUAUUUAUAAUGAUUUAAAAAUGUCAGAUCCAACAAAGCGAGGACCAAAUAGAAGGUCUUUGCCUUUACCCGGGUAUGAUGCAGAGAAACUAUGGAGGAAACAUUGCGAAGAAUUGAAUUCAGCUGAGUCGGUAGCUCAUCUCACUCCUUGCAGUGUCCGGGAUUAUUUAAUACUGCACCCAGAAUUGCUGGAUGAGUUUGUAAAGGAAAAGGUGACAGCAGAUACCAUUCAGAAAUGGAGAGAUGGCAAAGAAUUACAGGAUAAUUGUUAUGCAUUUUGCAGCCAGCAAGGGCAGAAGUCUAAGUGCACUUAUGCAGACAGUGAUAUAAGCGCCAUUCAGAGGACACUGGCAGAGAGCACUGACAAGGACGACCAGUUGUUUUCUAAAUUAUAUGAGCUGGGAUGUGUAAUGAGAACAGCUUUGGCAGCAGACAGUUAUACCAUGUAUAUUUUGGGGGAACAUGGAAAUGAUGACCGUUUCCCUCAGGGUCUUGGUAGUGACCUCAGUGACACCCGCAGUGCCAUGUGUGUCCCCAUCAUGGCAGGAGGGGACUUGUUAGGUGUGUAUGAGUAUUCCAAAAAGUGGGACAAACCAGGAUUUACUGAAGCUGACAUGAGGGUGGUGGUAGCUAAUGUGAGCUGGACUGGACUUGCUGUUAGCCAGUCUAAGAAUUUCCAGACCCUGUGUAAGCAGUCCCAGUUUAAUGACUUCCUCCUACAAGUAUCAAAAGUGAUGUUUGAUGAAGUCACUACUAUAAAGCAGUUGAUAGGCACUAUCAUGUCCUAUGCUAAGGUUCUGGUCAAUGCAGAUCGGUGUGCAAUGUUCCUGGUGUCAGAAUCUGGCACAGAGAUGACUGCUGAGCUGUUUGAUGAAGGGAAAAAAGUCAAUGGGAAAUCUGUGUUCACUGAGAAACAAGAUAUCAGGUAGCCAGUUCUGUACUUAAAAGGUGUUUUUACUUAUUUUUUCUUGAUGGUAUUUUGGCCAUUUGUUUUUUCAUUGUUACUGCUCAUGCAAAUUUGAUAUUUUUGAGAAGUAUCUUUGUCGCCUACUUUUAAACUGAAGAUAAUUGACAGGGUGUUGUGUAUUGAAGAAUAGUGA